ACUUUCAUCUGAUUACUCUUUAUGUUUCAGAUGUAGAUGAUAGAAAAGUAUCAUCCAGCGAGAACAUGAAGAGUAACAACUCAUCUGGAGCCAAUGACGACAAGAAUAACUACAGUAUAAUCAAGUUAAAACGUGCUGCAGUUACUGUACUCUCAGCUGCUUCAGUGAAGGCCAAGCUUCUUGCUAAUCAUGAGGAAGACCAAAUCCGUCAGCUCGUCUCAUUGAUUAUUGAGAAACAGUUGCAUAAGCUGGAGGUCAAGUUGGCAAUGUUCGCCGAUAUUGAAAGUGUAAUCAUGAGGAUGAGGGAGCAAACGGAAAGAGCUAGGCACAGACUUAUGCAUGAACGCGCACAAAUAAUUGCAGCGCGAUUAGGUUUAGCUGCACCUGGAAGAGGAAACCCAGGAUCACUACCGACAAACAAAUUAGCAAUGGGUUAUGGAGCUACAGGCCCAAAUCCAAACCCGGGAGCCAUUUCAUCUCAAAAAGCACCACCUAUGAGAAGACCAUGACACUUUCUCCACAUUUAAUGUUCUUGUGUUUAUGAUGAUUGUUGAUUAAAUUUGUUUGACACAGCAGAAGAAAACUGAUGUGUUUCUAAUCUUUCCUAUUUAAUUAAUGUGCCAUAUAUGCCCUCCAUAUCUCUUUUGUAUAGAGUUUGUUAUAAUUCUAUCAUUCUAUUACAUUGCUUUGGUUAA